AUGGAUAACCGCCCUCGACAUCCAGCCUCUCCUGGCUCCUCCGGUCUCCCUCAGGAGGAUACCACUGAGCUCAUAAACGAGCCUACCGAGAACAAUGAGUCUACCAGUACCAACCAUCCUGUCGCUGGGCCUUCACAAUCUUCCACUUCUUAUCCCACCCUUGACAUUCUUCAGGCCCAUCUAGCAGCUGAGGCCGACUCUGACUCGGAUGAAGAUGCUGGACCACGGGUGCACCCUGAUUUCUUCGUCCAUCUAGAGAGAUUACGAAGUGUCAAUGAAGCCAAUCGAGUAAAUGCGCGCAGAGUUGCUGAAGCGCGGUUUCAAGCUCACCAAGCUCAACUGGCGCUCAAUCAAUCCCAGCAUGAAAGCCCGCAAUUUGCCAACGCCCCCAACCAACCCUGGUACGAUUUCGAUGAAGAAGAUCUAUUGCAGACAUCUCCAAUGGGCUCGAGCGAGCAACAUGGAACUCAAGCACCCGCUGCAGCCGGAUCAUUCGUGCCAAGUUGGCAAGCUGCUUAUGAGACAUCUGACCCCGUGCCUGCUUAUCCUAGAGACCGUUCUUCUGAACACAGGGCUCCUUCUCCAUCCCCUGUGGCGGCUCCACGCCGAGCUCCGCGCCGAGCAGCUGCUGGUCCAAGCCCCUUGGGAAAUCCUCCUAUGACAGCAGAACCCGAACGCAGAUAUACGGAUCACGGAAACCCGUACACAUUCGCACGCGACCCACCCCUUAUUUCUGACGAUGUUGUUCCUCUUUCUCCAGAGCGCAUGCUUCAAGCAUGGCUCAUCCGAGCACAGCUUAUUGCCGGCGUUCGCCCUGAAGAUCUUCAGCCGAUGUCACGCCCAAGCGGAAUGCGGCACCGAACGCCUCCUUGGAUCGUGUUCAAUGACAGCGGCGCUCAUAUCAUAAGAAUUGAGCCUGCCAGAUUCAAUGGUGUCAUGCUUCCUAUGCCCGACCUUCCUUGGUUUCCGCGACGCGCAGAUCCUAACUCAUCCACUGCGCCUGUUUCGUCGAAUGCUCCUGCUGCUUUGGGUCUGUCCACUGCGUCAAACAACUCGAUUGAUCCGAGCUCGACUAGUACUCCAAACCAGCCGACUGGUCCAACCUCGACGGAUAAUUCAACCCUACCAGAUGCUCCAGAUAUGGAACCUGCUCCAAGCUCGGUUAGUAUCCCAAACCCGCAGGUUUUACAAGACGUGCCGGCUACUCCAAAUCCACCGGUUGCCUCAAACCUGUUACCUGUCCAGCCGAUUGACCCAACGCAGCUGAUUGUUCUAACCUCAUCGGAUGAUGAAACCACAUCGGACGAUGAAACACUACCGGAUGCUUCAGAUAUGGCAGCUGCUCCAAGCUCGGUUAGUAUUUCAAACGCGCCGGUUUUCAGAGACGUGUUGGUUACUCCGCGUCCACCAGUUGCCCUAGGCCGGCUGACUAUCCCAACCUCACUGGAUGAUGAAACCCUACCGGAUACUCCAGAUAUCAUAACUUCUGUAAGCUCGCUUACUCUAAACUCACCGCAAGACCUUACUGUUCCUCAAAACUCACCCGUUGACUCAAACCAGUCCGAUGACAUAGACCCACGGGUUGAUCGCUUUGUGCAAGGUGCUGCAGCCUCCCUAGCUACUCUUGAUGCCCAAUUCCAGCCGGCUGCUCGACGCCACUUUGAUGAUUUGGACCCUAUCGCCCCGCUGGAUUCUUUGACCAUGCCUGCUCCAGGUGGCAUUGAUGUUUCGAACCCAACUUCUGUGCCAGAACAAAGUUUGGGAGGUCCGAGUCAGCAUGUUGCGAAUAUUCAGGACCCAGAUCCGCGUGUUGUGGCCUUUUUGCAACCUCUUAGGCUGCAUGAACCUGCUAAUUCAUCCUCAAGUUCUAUGCUGGAUACACGCCCAGAAGGACCAAGCACAACCGAGCCCGCCAGCAACGAGAGCAGCCAAAUUCCCGCCGUUGCCCUCCAGUCCCAGUCGCAGACCAGAGUGCCCCUGACUGUGCAAAACCGUACCGAUGCUGAUUCCAUCAGUUCUCGGGAGGCUCCUAGAGUUGGGGCGUCCCCCGCCCCUUCGCAGGACCAAGUCUCGUCUUCGUCAAACGAACAUACUGAGACCGGUCACGUUUCUGCUCCCGAGGCCGCCCAUGGCACUGCCAAUGGUAAUGGGGUUGUGCACCACGACAUCCUCUGGUCCCAGCCCGAUGGACCCGAUGAAGAGGAUGAAGAGGAUGACCUCUAUGGCCCUUCUUGGCCCCGUCUCCGUCGUUUCCCUCUCGACGGAGCGGAUGACUCGCUCGGGGCGGGUCGGUUGUCUGGGGAGUCUAAGGCCCCCAGUGAUCAAUCCUCCUUCGGGGGGUUGAUCUGA